GCAAGCUGCACCGCAGAACCACCCAGGAAGUCAACAAAGUUGCUAAUUAACAUCAAUUUCACUUUGUAUUUUUUUUCUACAGUAAAGUUGAAACAACGGUAUGAGUUCUGCCGCCCCUCCGACUAUUGGGGAGUUGUUCCUCAUCCUCAGCGAGAUGGGUUUCACAGAGGAACAGAUCCAGGCGGCUGUGCAGGCAGGGCAUUUUUCUGUGCAAGAGGCAGCUGAGUGGCUCUUACAGGGUCAGUAUCCACGGCACAGGUUGGUCAAGCAGUCAUCACAGCCAGCUGAAACAGCAUUUUCUGCUUUCAACCCACCCAAAGAGGCAGCUAGCACUUCAGAGUCACAUACAUCUCCCACUGAAAGUAGAGCAUGCCCCUCAUUGAUGCUGAGACCGUCACAAUCAUGCAACCUGUCCCCAGAACCACUGCCAGUCGAGUCACGCAUCAAACAAGAUAAGAGUGACUUUGAAGAGCAAGAAAGACAACGUGUUGCUCAGGAAGCCAGAGCAGAGAGAAGACAAAAAAAACAGGAGCGUGAAUUGGUGUUAAAGCGGAUAGCUGAGGAUCGGAGGAGCUUGCAGGAAAAGAUCCAGACCAAUGCCGUCACAGAGACGUCUUCUCCUGGUGGUCAAGGGCAGAAGGUUGGAGGAAAGAUUCAGACAAAUGUUGAUAACAACUGCAUCCUCAUGAUUCGGCUGCCAUCCGGUGAGUCAAUGCGUGAACGCUUCCCAGCUGAUGCCCCUCUGCGAAGCGUUGUGGAGCACAUCACCGGACGCCACCCCUCCCUGCCCUCCUUUUCUCUCCUCCAGGGUUUCCCUCGGAAACGCUUUGGGGAGGCGGAGCUUGCUUGCUCACUGCGCUCUCUUGGCCUCACACCCAACGCUGCACUGUGUAUUCAGACCACUCCUCCAGAAACACCGCAGGAUCCACCGAGUCCCGCUGAUUCACCAUUAGCGGGACAGAAUGAGCCAUCUCCAUGUGUUGUGCCUCCUCAGCCUCAGAUCCCUGUCCUGGAGGGGGCAGAAGAGCAGAACCUCGUUCUACCCCCUCCACUACCCAACCAACUGUGGGAAGAGGCAGUGAACUACGCAGGGAUCCCAGGAGUUGGUCCGUCACUGUCUGGGCCGUCUCACUUCUGGGGGCGAGGCCAGAGGUUGGUUCCUGGUAAUGUCGAGGACGCUGCUGGCAUAGAGAUUGAUGAAGAACAAGAGGGAGAGGAAGGACCACCUCACAUGCUUAACGGAAUGCCAAGGUUGCCUUUCUUUCCAGAGAACAGGAUUCGAGGAGGAUUUGAGCCCAGGCAUCACUGGCCAGAGCAAGGCAAUCGUCUCAGGGAGGCUCCAGCAGAGGACCCAGCAGAGCCUGAGGAUGCAGGAGGUCGUGUGGCGCCCGUAGCUGCCGGUCUGGCUGCAGUGGAGCGUCUUCAAAGAGCUGCACAGCAAGAAGACCCCCGUGCCUCCCAGGGACAGCCAUCACCACCUAAAAGACCCUUCAGGACACCCAGCGUGCCAUCCCUAUGUGCCUUGGCUACCCGCGCAACUGUGCACCUCAUGACUGCUCCCAGUAUGCAGUACAGCAGCAGUCUCGCAUGCCUGACCCCGGAGCUAGCAGAGCUUCUGCUCAACCACAUGUCCCGUGAAAGACUCCUUCGUCCACGCACCCUGGAGCUCUUCUUCGGCUGCCCAUUGCAGAAGUUUGUACUUAACUGCUACCCUUACUCCACCAAUGAGCUCCUGCGGCAGUUAAGGGCCUUUACAGCGCUGAAGCAUCUGAGUCUCGUCAACUCACCUCUCAUCACUGACUCUGGUCUGUCAAUCCUGUCCAGUCUGGUCAAACUCCAGUACCUCAACCUUGCUUCCUGCAGCAAACUGACUGACUCCUGUCUGCAGCACAUCAGAGGUUUGAAGAGUCUGUGUUUCCUGUCCCUGGACCAGACUAAAGUGACCGAUGCUGGGAUGGUGUUAUACCUCCAGUCAGCUCCGUCAUGCCUCUCUCAGCUCAGCCUGAACCAGACAGCAGUGACAGAAGCUACGUUGGUAGUCCUUCCCACCUGUGUGUCACAGCUGCGACUUCUCAGCAUCAAGCAGACUAAAGUUGAGGAUGUCUCAGCUUUGGCAGAGCUCCCCAGCCUGCAGACUCUCAACCUUGACGGGACAGGUGUGACAGAGGUGUCACUGAAGCACCUCGCCACCCUCCCUGCCCUGUCUUCCCUCAGUUUGGCGGGAAUUCCUGUUGCUGAUGGCAAUCACGCCCUGCAGAUCAUCUCAGGUCUUAAGCUGACUCACCUCACCCUCCCUGGACGCCACUCUGUGAAAGACAGCGGGUUGUCGUACCUCUCUGAUCUGUCUCUGCUCUCAGAGCUGGACUUGACAGACUACACACAAGUCACAGACCAAGGAGUCAAACAGCUCUCCAACAUGACCAGAUUGAAGAAGCUGUCACUCAGUAACACUCAGGUGACAGAUGCAGGGCUUCCCUCUCUGCGCGGCCUGCAGGAGCUGCAGGAGCUGUGUUUGGACCGAACAGCGGUCACUAGCCGAGGAGUGGCUGAGCUCAUCGUCUGUCUGCCGCACCUUCAGGUGUUGGGGCUGGCCAGCACUCAGGUGGGAGACACAGUAGUGAGGAGGGGUCUGAUCCGUUGCAAUCAGCUUGUUAAACUUAAUCUCAGCCGCACACGGAUCACAGACAACGGUCUGAAGUUUCUCAAACACAUACGUCUGGCUCAGGUGAACCUGGACGGCACCGGUGUCAGUCUGAUGGGUAUCGCAAGCCUCCUCUCUCUCACCAACAUCAGCAGCAUUCGCGCCAGCAACACUCGCGCCAUACCCCCUGAUGAGGUGUCCGAUGAGGAGUGGGAAGCCCAGUGAGCAUCGAUACCUUCGGUUGGUCCACACGUUAUUGUACCUGAGCACGUCUCUGACUGCUGCUGUCCUCUUUUAGCCCCUGGAACAUGCUGCCACCAGGAUCGCCUGUAAACAGCAUGACCGAAACACUCCUUCAACUUGCACUGUUUCGACUGCAGCUAGUGCCACUAAUCCGUCAAUCACGCACGCUAAGUUGAAACCUUAAACGAGAGCCUUGUGUUUAACAGUUAGGCCAUUUAACGUUUACAUAUAUAGAAUAAAUCAGUAUUUACUCGCGUACACUGCAGCCCUUUUGUCUCUGGAAAAAGUCCAACUGACAAACUUUAUGGCUUUAAAGCUUUAUGUGCAGCCUUAUAGGUUGGAGAUAACUUUCUCCUGGUUAGCACUUGUUUUGCUGACUGGCAGAAAUCUACUUCAUGUUGAAAAUGUAACAUAUAACACAGCAUGUAUUUUCAGACUGUAAUAACUACUAGACUGAUUUGUCUAAAAAUGAAAUGACAGCCUAAUUAACAAAUUGUAAAUUCAACCAAAUAUGGUUGUUGAUGUUUUGGAGGAAUGAGUAGACAGAUGUCUUCCAAUCAUCAUGUUGCCAGUUGGUAUUGGAACUAACUUUGAAAUUGGAGCUAUGUUCAGUUCAUUUUGGAUUUACCAGAAUUAAUUACCAGCUGGGAAAACAACCUGAUGGUAAUUACAAUUAGGUCCAAUGUUUUGCUUUUCUUUGUUAGACUGAAUAUUUGAUAGUGUUGUACAUGCAACAAACACUAUUAGAGGUCCACUGAUGUCAUCUGUCCAACAUGAUAACUAGUACCAAUGCUUUGGUUUUGAAGCCCAUACCUAUAUCAAUGUUUGAGAAAGUACAAAACUUUAAUAUCGGUAUUGGGCGAAAUUUAGUUGGCAGCCCACUGAUAAUAAAAAUCUUAAUGUUCAGUUAAACACCGGAACAAAUAAGCUCUGAUGGAGAAAGGCAAAAGCUGCCAGAUGAUGUUAGAUUAUGAGUGGCUUUAGAUUCACCAAAAAGUUUUGGAUGUGUUUGCCGUUGACUGCAUUAACGCUCAAAACAUUUCCAUUCCAGUUUUACCUGAAUACAGCUUUUGUAAGGGUGGCAGACUUCAGAAUUAGUCUUUUACUUUUGGGAAUCACACCAGUAUGGAUAUCAGUUUUCAGAAAGGAAUUCAAUUUGUUUUAACUGCAUCCUGGAGAUGCAUUGGCCUCAGUUGAUGUGUUUUGUAAAUGGCUUUCAGAUUACCUUUUAUUAAUGUUAGUUUGCCAAGAAAUACCAAUAUUUUUUUGGACAGCCUAGCCAUUUUCAGUUACCUGGAAAAAUGGGUGAGCAGCAUACAGUGUAGUGUAGUGUAGUGACUAAUGAGAGGAUCUAUGCAGCCAUGGGGCUCACAAGUCAGAAUCCAAAGCAACUUCUUAUCACUUCAAGUUUUGUCCUCUUGUUUACA